GGCCCCUCCGCGGGGCGGCGCCCGCUGCCCGCGCAGCGCCGCCACACGCGGCCGCAGCCAGCCGGGCCGCGGCGGCGCCCCGGCCGCCGCCGCCGCCGCCGCCGCCGCCCCCCGCGCCGAGGGCAGCGCCCUGGUGGCCGUGGUGGUGAUGAGCGGCCCCAAGUACAGCGAGCGGCGCAGCAUCAUCCGCAGCACCUGGAUGGCGGCGGGAGGGCGCUCCCAGCGCGGCCGCGUGUGGAGCCGCUUCGUGGUGGGCACGGCCGGGCUCGGGCAGGAGGAGCUGCGGAGCCUGGAGCUGGAGCAGAGCCGGCACCGCGACCUGCUGCUGCUGCCGGAGCUGCGCGACUCCUACGAGAACCUGACGGCCAAGGUGCUGGCCACCUACGUGUGGCUCGACCUGCACCUGGACUUCCAGUUCGCCCUCAAGGCUGACGACGACACCUUCGUGCGCCUGGACGUGCUGGUGGAGGAGCUCAAAGCCAAGGAGCCGCGGCGGCUCUACUGGGGCUUCUUCUCGGGCCGGGGCCGGGUGAAGUCGGGGGGGAAGUGGAAGGAGAGCGCCUGGGUGCUGUGUGACUAUUACCUGCCCUACGCACUGGGUGGUGGCUAUGUCAUCUCCGCCGACCUGGUGCGGUACCUGCGGCUCAGCAGCGACUACCUGAACAUGUGGCAGAGCGAGGACGUGUCCCUGGGGGUCUGGCUGGCGCCCAUCGACGUGAAGAGGGUGCACGACCCCCGCUUCGACACCGAGUACAAGUCGCGGGGCUGCAACAAUAAGUACAUAGUGACUCACAAGCAGAGCAUCGAGGACAUGCUGGAGAAGCACCAGACCCUGGCUAAGGAGGGGAAGCUCUGUAAGGAGGAGGUGAAGCUCAGGCUUUCCUACAUGUACGACUGGGGGGUGCCCCCCUCGCAGUGCUGCCAGAGGAAGGAUGGCAUCCCGUGAAAAGCCUGAGGAAAAGGGCGCUGAUGGACUCGCAGCUUGGUUACUGUUACCUGGGGAGAAUCCCAGUAACCAGGGGUUACGAAUUACUCUUAAAAAAAAAAAAAAGGAGAUUUUGCACGACUCAUUAUGUCAAUGAAACCCUGAAACUCCCCGAGAGCUGCUGACGUGGCAUGAGGUAGAGAUGUUUCAAAGAAAACACGGGAAUAGGUGACAGAAAGCAUGGAAAGGCUCCUGUGACAGGAUUGAAGGUUGCUAAAUAUGGAUAGUAGAGAAAAUACGAGGAGAGAAAAGUUGCUGGGAGAUCUUCCCAAGAUUUAUUUGCUAAAGAUCAAUGACAGGCCUUUGUGCUGUUGAUAAGGUUGUGAAAACAGAGCCUGCUGCUGUUUCCUGGCCAGGAAGAAGUGUCAGUUUGGGAAGAGUGAAGGAGCUGCAAAUCAGCUGCUGUUGCAGAGGGAACAGGGCUGGUUGUUGGCACGGGCAGGAAAAGGGACCAGUUUGACCUGGGAUACCUGUGCUGGGGGAAGGGAGAGUGUUCCUGGCAAGGAAUGGAGUUUAUUAGACCUUCUGUGUAACUUGUCUCUAAGCUUUUUUGCUGUUUUCAAGUCAACAUGUACAUAAAUUAUUCUAAAUUAAAUCUGGCAGCUCCAGAGCGUUUAGAAAGGUGGGUGAGUUUGGUAUUUGGCAGGUAGAGAAUAUAUUCCCUUUUUUGGGGGGCAAACAGUUCUGCAAAGCCUUCAGGGGUUGGUUCUCACACUGUGUGUGAGGAAACAUUUCCCUUCUAGCAGUAAAUAUCUCACUGGCUGCUGCAAGGCAUUGUAGAAUUCAGAUUUAUAUUGCUCUGGAUUAGUUCUCAUCUAAAUUAGCAGUGGAAGUUCAAGCAAAAUUGCCCUCAGCUAAAAGAAAUAAACUGUGCAGUCAAGAGAAAAGGGUUUCUCCACCCUGCAAAUUCCUGUUUGAGAACCUUCUCUCUCUUUUCAGUGUAAAGAGUCACAUUGAGAUGCCCAGAGCUGGACUGGGUGAAUUCCCUCCUCCUCUCCAACAAGCACCUUGUAAAGGAACUCAAAAUAAUUUUACAGGAGGUCUGAAAUGACCCAUCCAUAAAUGGGAUUUAUGUCCCUGAGUUGUGACUACACUGAAAUAAUUCUUGGACCUGGCCCAGCAUCAGAUGCAGAUUUUAACAGUCAGUGCUGGCAGACAAACAAUUCCACAGCAUUAUUCAUCUCCAGACCUUUAGUUGAGCCUGGAAUUCAAACAUAUAUAAUAUAUAUAUAUAUAAUAUAUAACACCCACAGGUAUUUUUUCCAACUCCCAGUGAGCUCUGUCAGCUGCAGCUCUUUCAGAGUUUUUGCUUUUCUGUGUAAAAAUGUUACAUUUCUUUCUCUUGGAAGUGUCCUUUUUUUUCCUGAGGGACAUCCUUAAUGACCAGUUUUACUGUUUGUUGCACUCUGCACUUUCACACCGUUUCUGUUCCCACCCGCAGGAAGAAGCAAAACACAAAGGAAAAAAACAAACAAAAAAGGUGCCAAUAUCUUUAUUUUCACAACAAAAUUAGCAAUUCAUACCAAAGGAAUCAAGUAUUGGUUUUUUUGUUGUUUUUCUUUUAUUUUUUAUUCUCAUUUUGAUUAAAUUAUUGAGGAUUAAGAGAAGUGAAAAUUUGAGGGAAUCUUUGACUUCCUCCAAAAAACAAAGUGAAAUUAGGGAAAAAUUAAUUUAUUAUAGCAUGUGGUCAUCCUAAUGCAUGUUUAGGUACUGCCAGGCAAUGUGCUUUUCCCAAGGGAUCCUAUUCCAAACCAGGAAUUUAACGAGAUUAAAGGAAAUUUACCUGGAUUUUAACUUUUUUUUUUAUUUUUUAAGUGUCUGUUUGCCACAGUAUUAUGUGUAUAUACGUGCUUAAAUGCCUGUAAUGUGACUAUUUAUUUAUAAUUCCUGCCAAUGUAUUCUGUACAGGAAAAAAAUAAGCUACUUAAAUGACAUUUUAAACUUCAGGGCGUACUGUAACAUCCACGAGAAUUAGGGGAAUUUUUUAAUGUCCAAGCCAUGAUUUCAACUGCAAGAUUCCUGUUUUCCCAGCUAUUCCAAAUGUACUGUUAUUUAUCCCUUUCCACCCACCCCUGGAUCCAUGGAAACUGUUUACAUUGUUCCUUUGACUCUCUCACCCC